AAAUCCAUCAUUAAUGGGUUCUUACUAUGCUUCUUUAUAUCCAAAUUUGCCUAUUUUAGAAAACAGUGCUACUUCAACAUGGAUCCUUAAUCCAUUUUCUGAUCAUGAAACUGAAACCAUUAGGGAUCACAAGAAAUUGAAAAGAUCAACCGUAACUAUCCCUAUUUGGUUUGCUAAUUUCAGCAGCCAUAGUAAUAGUUUCUUCAAUAACAUCAACAGCAAUAACAACAGUGUGAAUAGCAUUCCAAGGCUUCAUUUCAGAGAUCACAUAAGAACUUAUAAACAAAGAUAUUUUGCUUCUGAAGCUGUUGAAGAAGCAGCAGAAGAUAACUUCAACUACAAUAAUUGCGAAGCUGAAGAAGAUGGUUCAUGUGCUGAUGGAAUGAGACUAGUUCAACUUCUAAUUGCAUGUGCUGAAGCUGUCGCGUGUCGCGAUAAAUCACACGCUUCGGUUUUACUAUCUGAGCUUAAAUCAAAUGCUUUGGUGUUUGGUUCUUCGUUUCAAAGAGUUGCUUCUUGUUUUGUUCAAGGACUCACAGAGAGACUAACUCUGAUUCAACCAAUUGGUAAUAACUCUGCUGGAUCAGAUACAAAAUCAAUGAUGAACAUAAUGGAUGCUGCAUCAGAAGAAAUGGAAGAAGCAUUCAAGUUGGUUUAUGAAAAUUGUCCACAUAUUCAAUUUGGACAUUUUGUGGCUAAUUCCAUAAUAUUGGAAGCCUUUGAGGGUGAGAGUUUUCUUCAUGUGGUUGAUCUUGGCAUGAGCCUUGGUCUUCCACAUGGACACCAAUGGCGAGGACUAAUUCAAAGUCUCGCGGAUCGAUCCAGCCACCGUGUUCGGAGGCUUAGGAUCACAGCGAUUGGUCUAUGCAUUGCUAGAAUCCAAGUCAUUGGUGAAGAACUCUCAAUUUACGCGAAAAACUUGGGGAUUCAUUUGGAAUUCUCAAUUGUUGAGAAGAAUUUGGAGAAUUUGAAACCUAAGGACAUAAAAGUGAAUGAAAAAGAGGUCCUUGUGGUUAACAGCAUUCUUCAAUUGCAUUGUGUUGUUAAAGAGAGUCGUGGCGCUUUGAAUGCGGUUUUACAAAUGAUACACGGUCUUUCACCGAAAGUGUUGGUUAUGGCUGAGCAAGAUUCUGGUCAUAAUGGACCUUUUUUCCUUGGAAGGUUUAUGGAAUCAUUGCAUUAUUAUUCUGCUAUUUUUGACUCAUUGGAUGCUAUGCUGCCAAAGUAUGACACUAAGAGGGCAAAAAUGGAACAGUUUUAUUUUGCUGAGGAGAUAAAGAACAUUGUGAGCUGUGAAGGACCAUUGAGGAUGGAGAGGCAUGAGAAAGUUGAUCAGUGGAGGAGGAGAAUGAGUAGGGCUGGAUUUCAAGGUUCACCUAUUAAGAUGGUGGUUCAAGCUAAGCAGUGGCUUGUGAAGAAUAAUGUUUGUGAUGGAUAUACUGUUGUGGAAGAGAAAGGGUGUUUGGUUCUUGGAUGGAAAUCAAAGCCUAUUGUUGCAGUUUCUUGCUGGAAAUGCUGAAUGACCUCUUUUUAGUUCUGUCAAUAAAUAACAGUUCUGUGAGAAGCUGUUAUAUGUGUUUGAAUAAUUUGUUUUUGUGUGCAUGUUGUGAAUUUAAGACCCUAUAUUAGUAGCUUGUGAAAGUACUGAAAUAUUUAGGGCGAGAAUAAAACUUUUGAUGUAAUUCUGUGUGUGGUGUGGCUGCUUGAGAUGGAGCAGAAAUAAAG